UACUGAAAACUGAAAAAGCGAAAACCAACGGCCACUUUAAUUUUACACCACGCACGCACCCCCGGUGCAUUUUAGCUCCCGCCGAUAUUUUCCCCAAAAACCCACCCGAUUCAAUCAGCCUCUCUCUCUCUCCCCUACCCGAAACUCCCAACUCUUUGUUCAAAAAUUUUCGCCAGAAAAAUAGAACAAUUUAGGGUUUGCCAAGCCCCAACAAAAACGACACCGUCCUCAAUUCCAAACCAAAACAAAAACCCUAACAUUUCUCGAAAUCAAAAUUAGGGCUUGUUUGGUUCUAAAUCAAUUUUAUUGCAGAAAAAAAAAAAAUGGAUGACAUUGAAGACGACGCGAGGUACCCUUCAAAGCCCUAUUCUUUAAACCCAUACAACCCACCUCGUCGCCCUAGAAAUCCAAUUCGCAAUGCCCCUUUCUCUCACCCAAUCUCCAAUCGCUACGAAAUCGAAGAAGACGACGACGACGACGAAAACGACGUCGUGUUGGAAGAAGCUUUGGACGACGAAGAUGACGAAAACCCAGGUGGGUAUUAUCGGAAUUUGGAAGGAGAUGGUGAAUUUGUCGACAGGCACUCAAAGAAGAGGAAGCUAAGGAAUUCGAUUCCCGAGUUCGAGUUCGACUUCGCUUCGGUUCCGAGGGGUAGUAGGAGCUCGAAGCCUCUGUAUUCGGGUGCUCACUGGAAUGAGCACGCGGUGUUUGUGUUGUUGGAGGUGUGGGGGGACAGGUUUCUCCAGUUGGGGAGGAAGAGCUUGAGGUCUGAGGACUGGAACGAUGUUGCGGAGAAGGUAUCGGAGGCGUCGAAGAUGGAGAAGGAUGAGUUGCAGUGUAGAACUAUGUUGGAUAAGCUGAAGAGGAAGUACAAGAAAGAGAAGGUUAAAGUUGAGGACUUUGGAUUGAAUUCUAGCAAAUGGGUCUACUUUAAGAAGAUGGAUAUGUUAAUGGCUUCGUCGCCGAGGCAAGAGUGCGGGUUGGCGUGUGGGAUUGAUUCCGGGGAGUAUGUGUUUAUGAAUACCCGGGUUUAUUUGGAGAGGUCUAAUGGGUUUGAUGAGAUGAGGGAUAGUCCCGGGGAGUCGGAGAAUGAGGAGGAGGAAGAGGAAGGGAAUGGGUUGGAUGAGAGGGGGGGAGUGAGAGGCUGCGGUGGAGAUGGAUUGUCGUAUAAGGUGUUGGCGGAUUCGAUACAGAGGUUUGGGGAGAUAUAUGAGAAGAUUGAGAGUAGUAAGAGGCAGCAGAUGAUGGAGUUGGAGAAGAUGAGGUUGGAGUUCCAGAGGGAGUUGGAGUUGCAGAAGAAGCAGAUUCUGGAGAGGGCGCAAGUGGAGAUUGCGAAAAUGCAGGAAGAGGUGGAGGAUGAUGAGGAUUCCGAUGCUUCUGAAGAGAAUGUUAGUGAGUGAUGUUGGUGUUGAAAUUUCUGAGCUGAUGGUGGCAUCGGGACCUGCUGCAAGGGUUUUGGAAAAAGAAGCAUUUGCUCUCUGCUCAAGCAAGGGGUAGCUAUCAGACCAAGGGUAUGUUUGGGGAGGAGAGGGGAGGGGAAAUGUUUGGAAGUUUCCGCUUUUAGGCAAUGCUUUUGUAUCAAGUGUAUCAUACUCUCCUGUAUCAUACUCUCCUGAUUUAUACUCAUGGCUGUUCUCUUAUGUUCUCUCAA